CAAAGUAUGUUGUAAUUCAGUUGGAAUGUUAAUGUAACAUAAACAGUAACACUGUCCUCACACGGUAUCAAAAUGCUAAACAUGGUACCUCGCAAACGACAAGCUCAUCUCCACCCCACACCGCUUCCUCUGUCUCCCUCUAUAAACCACCAUCUUCUUCUUCGCUCUCUGCGUCUCAUUCACAUUCACAACCCUUCUUCUUCUUCAUCACUCUCUCGUAUCAUCUUCCUCGAAUUCCAGUCUCAGAUGGCAACAACUGGGUGAACGCCACCGAUCUGUAUCAAACCCGUGUAAUGGAGGUCCAGAGGAUGAGACAAUUGAUGCUCUUAUGGUCUAGAACGCUAAACAACCGUCUAGCUCUCGUGGGUGGAAACCAUACCGCUUCCAGGUUUUGCAGUCGCUAAAGUGCUCUGUUUUUUCCCGUUGUUGGCAUUCAUCUUGACCUUUUCUUCAUCUGGGUCAUCGUCGUUUUGGACAAUUGAUCCAAUCACGAUCUUGGUUUCGCUCGGUUAGCCUUGGAAUCAGGGAAGCGAGUUAGCGAGAUGAAGAAGCAUUUGCAUUUUCAUGGUGGAGCGAUUGUUCUGAAUCCUGAAGCAGUUCUUGUUAUCAGGGUUCCUGAUGCACAGAUUUUGCGAAUUAUGUCCAGGUUCCUGUUUAUGGCUAUGGUUCUUGUCACGUUGCCAACCAUUCUCAGGGGAUUCUCAUCAAUUUCCCAAUCCUCUGUUUCUAAAUUUGGCUCUGCAUCUGGGUCUGAAAACAUGGAGCAACUGAAUUUGGUUCUCCAUGAAACGAAGAAGGAGGCGUUGAAGGGUCUUGAAGAUGUUCUCUUGGAGCCACCGAGACAGAGAAUCAUCAAAUCAAGGAAGUAUUUGAAGAAGAUCAAGUAUCUGCCUGAGUUGUUGGGUGAUUCUCUUGAAGGUUACAAUCGAAGACUCUUCAUUAGUGCAGGCUUGUUGUCAAAGGAAAAUAAGGGUGUGAUUGAAUGGUUCGAGCGAAAUUACCCGAAGAAGGAUACAAAAUUUGAAAUUCACAGCCUUCUGUUUGUACCAGAAGAUGAUAAUGAUGUUUCUGCUUGGUUAUCUAAGCAUGUGAAGGAGGAAGAGUAUGUUGUGAUGAAGGCAGAAGCAGAGGUUGUGGAGGAGAUGAUAAAGGAAAGGACAAUCUAUUUGGUGGAUGAACUCUUCCUAGAGUGUAAGAAUGAAUGGUGGCAGAAGAAGGGGAAGAGAAAGAAGAGUAGGAGAGCAUAUUGGGAGUGCUUGGCUUUGUAUGGAAGGCUGAGGGAUGAGGGAGUUGCAGUGCACCAAUGGUGGGGUUGAAUGUAUCAAUGGAACCUUCAUAGCAUGUUUGGUUCCACUGUAAAAUGCUCUAAAAUCACUUCUAGUGAAUAAAUGUGUAUUGGAUUUUGUACGAAUUGUUCAAUUGCAUGUCUUGCUUC